GUAGCAGUAGAACAGAAUGGGUUCGGCCACGUUGAUAGAGGUGAUACUGGCCAUUAUCCUGCCACCCAUUGGGGUUUUCCUUCGUUUUGGCUGUCAGGUAGAGUUCUGGAUUUGUUUGGUGCUGACACUAUUGGGGUACAUCCCUGGAAUUAUAUAUGCCCUCUACGUCCUUGUUGGAUAA